AUGCCUGCAGAUCAGCAAGAUCAUUCACUAAAUCCUAAUUCUGCUUAUUAUCUAAGCAAUAGUGAUUUGAAUGCCACAAAAUUAGUGAGCAUUGAAUUUGAAGGACAAUUUUUCAAUGACUGGAAACGAUCUAUGAUGAUUGCUCUUUCAGCAAGGAAUAAACUGUGCUUCAUAGAUGGCACUCUCAAUCAGCCUGCAGCAAAUUCUCCAAACUACAGAUUGUGGUGCAGAUGCAAUGACUUGGUGAUUUCCUGGAUGCUAGCUUCACUUGAGCCCAAAAUAGCAAGGAGUGUUUUGUACUUAAAGACUGCAAGAGCAAUUUGGCUAGAACUGGCUGAUAGAUAUUGCAGAGAAUCUGGUCCACAACUGUUUUCUGUUCAACAGCAAUUGAGUGAGUUGACUCAAGGAGAAGAUGAAGGAAUUGCCAGCUUCUUUACGAAGAUCAAGCUGUUUUGGGACCAACUUGAUGCACUUGAACCUCUGCCUACAUGUGUUUGUACUGGCUGUAGUUGUACAUUGACACAACAGCUUCUCAAAACUCAACAGAACCAGAGACUAAUUCAUAUGAACAUCCAAAGAGCACUAUCCUAA